AUGUCGAUUUCAAAUCUGAUGCUAGGAGAAUCAUUUUCAGUUAAUCCUGAAGAAAUAAUGCUUCAUACAUGUAAACCUGGAGAAUUUCGCUGCAAAAACAAACACUGUAUCCAAGCUCGGUGGAAAUGUGAUGGAGACGAUGACUGCCUAGAUGGGAGUGAUGAAGAUUCUGUCACUUGCUUCAAUCAUAGCUGUCCCGAUGAUCAGUUUAAAUGCCAAAAUAAUCGUUGUAUCCCCAAGAGAUGGCUUUGUGAUGGAGCAAAUGAUUGUGGCAGCAAUGAAGAUGAGUCCAACCAAACCUGCGCAGCAAGAACAUGCCAGGCUGACCAGUUUUCUUGUGGAAAUGGGCGCUGCAUUCCCAGAGCAUGGCUGUGUGACAGAGAGGAUGACUGUGGUGACCAGACAGAUGAAGUCGAAACUUGUG